AACGUUCACUAGAUGAUUGUAAAAAGGCGGAUACUGUCAGAAGUCAAGUAAAGCCGACUGAUGGAAUUUCGACUGGAUAUUGAGAUACUAUAUAGAAGACCUCAUCUCAGGUGAAGGUUCGUUGAGAAGGUUCGUAAGCCUAUCGGCCUACCAAGAAGACCAAAUACACUGAUAAGCAUAAAGUUGCUUUAUAUCGAUUUUAAUCCGUGCCACGGCCAUUAUCAAAUUUGUUCAAAUUCCAAUUAAGUCACAUUGAAUACAUUCAAUAGAUGUUAAGUAGCUGAUAGGUAAAUGUUUCGCAUUUUUGUUUCCUUUAAUAGGAGAAACAAUUGUCCAAAUUUCGCGCAAUGUUUACAUAUAUCUAUUUCUAUGGUUUUGCUUGUAUUUUCAAGGUUAUUAAAUCAAUUUCUUCACGAUUUGCAGAAAAUUUUCGUAAUUUUUUAUCUGUUUAUGCUGCUAGGGCCCGAGCGGCAAUCGCUUCUUUUGAUUCGGGGCAAGAUCCUGUCUGUGAUAAAACAUCCCAUAAUGUUAUGCAGGUGAUCUAAAUGCCGAUUUUAGAUUCGUUGCCUAGAAUUGCUGAUUUUACUCACCUGAAUCAAACAAAAAUUUUAUCGAUGAAUAAUUCUUUCAUUUAAACACACCAGACUUACAAAGAUAGGUCAGUUAGCUUUAGUAUAAAACAGAAAAUAAAUAAGCCGUUAAUAUCUGUUUUUCUAAAUAAAUGUAUUAUGUGUUUCAAUUAAUCGCGAUUUCACGCAAAUCCAGUUUCAACGGUAAAUAUAGUUAUGCCCAAGUACCACCUGGUUUUUUAGCAGGAUGUAUGUCAUUCAAAGUUGUUUUAAAGUCAAUGUCGUACUGCGAUUUUUUCUCUUAAACAAGGGAUUUGUACAGUAUGCUCCUACCAUAUGUUAUUGAAGCGCUAUUCAAUCUUUAGAGCAUCGACCUUGGCGUUACUUACCUUGGUAAUGGGUAACAGAAGCGUUACUUACCUUCUCAGCGUAUCUCUUUGGUAUUGCAUCAAGUGAAAUAUGAUAACUUCAAAGCAAUCGAUAGUUUUUAAAGUGGUUUGAGACAUCUGUCAAUCAACUACCAGCCAAUAGAUAAGCGUCUCGGCCCUUGUCACGCAUUUUGAUUGGUAAGUUGUUGAUUGAAAGAUGCCUACAGCCACUUUAUUAUCUGUCGAUUGCUUCGAAUAAGGGGCUCGCUUUCAGAACCCAACAUUAUUUUUUGCUUUUUUGGCCUCUUCAAAGAAAAUAAACAAAAUCCACGAGAGAGCCCUGAGAAUCACAUACAAGGAUAGUUAUUUUAGUUUCGAAGAUUUAUUGAAAAAAGCAGAAUCGGUUUCCAUUCACCAGAUAAAUUGAAAGUUGCUUGCUACCGAAAUCUUUAAAACUCAAGCAGUCUCAAUCCUAGUUUCAUGAAACAAAUUUUCGUUAUGAAAGAUGUUCCUUACCACCUUCGAAGCUGCAGAAUUAUUUUUGCGCCGAAACCAAAAACAACAGGGUAUGGUAUUGAAAGUGCAUGUUUUCGUGGAUCUAGGAUAUGGCAUGCUAUUGCCUCUUCUAUAAAAGAGUCCCAGACACUUAACAACUUCGAAAGAACAAUUAAAAGCUACAACUUUGGUUGCAGUUGUAGAUUGUGCAGAUUGUAUUUAGGUAAUUUAGGGUUUUUAUAGUUAUAUUCUUUAAAAGUAUUCUCUCGUUUGUUUUAAUUUAGAUUUAAUUUAUUAUAGUAUCUUGUAUUUAAGUUUCGGUUGGCUUAAAUUAGCACGUGAGCUAGCAACAAGAGCCAACCUUGAAUAAAUAAAAUGAAUAAAAUUAAUUUCCUAUCUUGAUAUCUUGAAUUUGAAGCAAUCAUUCAUUUCUUUCAGAAAUAUGGGAUUUAGGGAUUUGGCAAACUGCCUUCUUUUUGUUAAAAUUGGACGAUAAAGUAUCUUAUUUAACAUUUAUUUGUAAAUUUUCUUAGCGAGAUCAAGUCUUAUAUUAUUUGAUUAAGAUGUCAUAAAACGUUUUUACUUUAAAUUUCAGAAAACCUGUAAAAAAUUUGUUUUCACAAGAAUUUUAUCUUGAAGAAUGCAAAUGGACUUAUAGCAAUUCAUAAAACUAAAUAAUGCGAGGAAAGGUACCCUGCAUUUUUCAGUGCCUUAAACUCCCUAAUAAGUAAACUCUAAAAGUAACAUCCAAUGUACUCUUAUUUGAAGCAGUUUGAAACAUGUGUUUAUUUUAAGCCAUCUGCUAAUGUUAAUCGAUAUUUAGUCAGAUUUGCCACUUACCUUAUAGUGAUUAAAGAUAAUGGAAACUGUUUUGAUUUUUGCCGAUAAACAUUAGAAUGACCCCACACAACCUGUUUAAAAGCGCCACUCUACACAACCUGUUUCGUCGUAUCAAUAACCCCACAUGUAAACAAACUCAGACAUCACGGUUCUCAGAUGUCAAGAUCAUUUUACGCCAGUUUGCCAAAUGAUUUUCAGAGAAAGUAUCAAGCAAAUUAUGUUGAAGCACUGUGGGGACUGGAACGAAUGACCGCAAAAGCGCGAAAAUUUGAUGUCGUCAUUCAAAAGUAAAUCGAAGUAAAAUGAUAAUUGAUCGGGAAUAAAGAUGAAUUUUGGAACCAUUAUUGCAUACUCUUUUGUUCAAUACUGGACAACAUUGGUAACAUCAAGUGUUUCGUAUUGGAGAUAUGAAUUAGGCAGAUCAUGGCCAAACAGAAGACUCGAAGUGGGAACAUGGUUCGAUAUUGAAUGUACAAGACAAGAAUGGGCCAAUGACAAAUUAAGUUGGUACUUCGAAGAACCAUGGUGUGAAAUUUAUAACAGCCGUCUGCAAAGAACUCAAGCAAGGUGCAACAUGAACGGUGCAUUUGGAUUCGGUGUCGUAAAUGGAACAAGCGUUAAGGAUUACAAAAUUCUGAAGGUUUAUUCCAACAAAAAUUACUUUGGAUGGCAUGCUGUUAGAAAAAUAAACAGGAGUGGUGAUAACUUGAUUAUUGAUUUACGCCUAAAGAUAACCGAGUCAAACGCAUAUUUCCAAAACAAUUCUUCCAAUUCAUCAGAGCAUUCUAUACGGCUUACAAGAUUGUUCAACUCCAAAGGAGAAACACCUAAAGUUGAAUUCAAACAAAACUUGAAAAGUUCGUUGUUAAGGGAAGUGACAGAUAUUUCAUUCGAUCAUAUAAAUGGAGAAUGGCUGAUGUCUUUUGCUGUGCCCGUUGAUUCGAACUCUGUCAGAGUAUCAAAACAUUCGUCUUCAAGAUAUUCACUCUUUGACAAAUUUAUCAGGCCAGCGGAGUAUGUAAUGAAUACCUGGCAGACACCUGAUGAAGUAGAUCCGUUAAUGGUCGAGAGUUUACUUUCAGGACCCAUUCAGCAUCCGUGCAUGCCAGAUGUGAUAGCAUACAUUAGUUCAACAGGAAUCGCGAUUUCAGAGGGAUUUACCCAAAAUAUUCUCAAUUUCUCAACAGUCUUGAACGUUGGAGAAAUAGACAGUGCGGUAUUCCUUGGACACAGAGUUUUGUUCGUAAAAAAUCAGACUUUGUUUUUCCUUGAGAAAAAUGGUACAAUGAAUAGGACAGGACUUUCAAGAAAUGACGUCACUGCUGUUUAUACACCUAACCUUUGCUCUGAAGUAUCAAGCCAACAAAGAACAGUCGUGUCAUUGGCAGAUAACAACAUGACGAACUCCAUCUACUCAAUUUUUGCAUCAUUUGACGGUGGAUACACGUUUUCAAUGCUUAACACUACACAUUUGGAAGAUGCGUUCGGCUACAAUGUUACAAAGGGUAUGCUGAUAUUAGAUGUGCACAUCCACUCAGUGUUCAAUCGCUUAACUCUUCUUGUUAAUUCUACAAUGGCAUCCAAGGCAAACUCAGUAUUAAUUGACUAUUCAUUCACAACGAAGAAUUGGACGAAACUUUAUGAAUUCGACCAGGAUAAUGUAACAAGAUUUGCUUUCCCGUUGUCGACAUCAAACAAUAUUCUGUUAUGGUCUGACGAUGCUCUAUUCAGCUUUGAAGGAAACAAAAUGACAGCAAUAUUUGAUUUAAAAAGAACCGAUAUCGAAGAUACAGAAAGCAAGGUUAAAGACGUAGUUUCAGACAAAAAUGGUCAAUUCGUCGUUCAACUCAACUCUGGUGAAUUGUUUGCAGGAAUGAUUGGCGUGGGAAAGCUAACAAAGAUCUCAUCGAUAGACCCAGCAUGUAGCUUGCUGUAUGAUUCCAUUGGGCAGCUAAUUAUACUGCGUUCGGAGGAGUACAAGAAUAACGUCAGUAGCUUCAUAUACCCUUUGCAUGCUGAAAUUGAUUCUGCUGUUGAUAUGGGUGCCUGUGAGCUAGUAUCAUUCUCAACGGACAUAGUUGGUGGUUGGUAUCAGAUUGAUGUUGGAGAGCAUAUUAAUAUCAAAGCUGAGUUGAUUUCGGAAAGCUCAAAUACAUCAAUAAUGAUUGCCUUUCCACCACAUUCAAAUCUAAAAGCUUCUGUAGAAGAGACAGCGGAUAGUAUCGGGAAAUACUUCAAAAAGACAAGAACCAUUGAUGUGUUCGUUGCCGAAAAUUCGUCUACCAUUCAGAGAUUUGGCGAUAUUUAUACUACAAUUGUGAUUUAUCCUUCGAACCUUACACCUAUUUGUUCAAGAGCACAUCAUCAGACCGCAUUCUUUCACCUAGGUUGUCCUUCAUCAAGACAUCUUAACUUGAACAGAUUUCAAAAAUGUGCAGAGACUGUUUUAAGCGCCAAGCUUAAGCCAUUUGUGACGACGGAAAACUACUUGGAUUCUCCAGCCUACUGUACUGUGGUCCUAAACAGGAAUCAGCUCGAUCUAGAGACUUAUUUGUCACAGCAAGAUAGCAUAUUUCGAAGGGCGAAUGAAGAAGUUGUUGUCCGAGAACUAACCGGCCGUAGUGACUUUUAUUUUGCCCUGGAUCCGAAUGCGAUCGUUAAUGGACACUUAAAUUACAGUUUCAUCUUUGAAGGUGAUGGCGAAUAUAUUUUCAUCGUUUCAUUGGAUAGCAAAGUAAGUUUCUGUCACCUGAGUGCCUAUCUGAUAGUCACACGUGAAUUGAUGCCUGAAGCCCAAAACUCGCUGGCAGUUACAAUAUCUGUCUGCUUGGGUAUAUCAUUUUCGAUAAUAUACCUUGCAGUCAGUUUUCUGCGUUACCGUCAUAACACAAUACUCGAGCACAUCAAGGAAGCAGAAAUAGUCAAGCGAAAACAGGAACUUAGAUAUUUGUCUAACCUGUACGACCUGAAAGGCUCUGAAGGAAGUGGUGUCUCAUCAAGACGCAAAAGUUCAGUGUUGAAAGAGGGUAUUCGCAAAAGAAACAUCUCUCUAUCGGCAAUCUCAGAAAUGAGCGCUGAAAUUUAACUUGAAAAUAUAUUUCCAAUCAUGCUAGUUGUAUUUCUUUUAAAUUCGUCUUAGUUUCCUUUUUAGCAAAACAAGCUUUAUUUAAAGUAAUUUCACCAGUUCACACCGUUCUAACUUCCAGCUUGUUUCCAAGUUUCAUGCGAUUUUUUUAACAUAUCCACUUUGAAAUCUUUGUUUUCUUCGAUGCACACUUAGAAACAGGCAAUUCAGAAACUUUGAAUAAAAUUCAAGGGUAGGGCAGCGAAAUUUUGGGGUAGCGUUUUUGAAAAAUUUAUAAACUUUAGAGUAUGUUUUCAUAUUUUUAAAAGGCAAAUUCCCCGUCCUUUGUCUAUUGAAGUUACCCCUCGGGAGCAAUAGAAAAACUGGCAAGCAUGAAAAAUAGCAUUAUGAUCCUAUCAAACAAAUAAUCUUUCACGAUCGAUAACUGUGAAAUUAACAGUCCUGGUGUUUGAGAAACAUAAUUUGAUUUCUAUGCCUGGGUUAAAUAUAGCAAUCCAAUUUGGUAGUAAUUUUUCUUGUUGGUUAAACUGGAAAGAUACCCGCUAGCCAAAGUAAUUCCAAUAGUCUCUGAAGUUCCCGUGUCUAGAUAGGUAAUUAUUUGUUCAAUAAGCUUAGUAUGAUGCCCUUACAUGAUGUUUUAAAAACGUUUAAUGCGACAAAGCUGCUUUAGUAGUAUAUAUAAAAGCUGUUUUAGUAGUAUAUAGUAUAUACUUUAUUUGAUCUCACUGCCAUUCUCGUGUUUCCUUUCGCUUUGAACUUACUAUAAACUAAACAGAUUUGUCCUAUAAUUUCAUACUCUUUGUUUGUGUAAAAACGACCAAAUGAUACAACCACGCUGACAGGAUAGGUCCAUAUCCCGUAUCCAUAUAUCUGGAAGUGAAUCAGAUGGCACAAGACCUUUCGUGAGCUUCCUGUCACGAAAACGAUGUCUCUAGCUCUACUUGCUUCUCCUCGCCUUUUCCCAUUAAGACUUUAGGUAUGCUGAGCUAAAAAGCUUUUGAAGAUAUAUUUGUCUUCCUUUGCAUCUGAAUCUGACCAGUUUGUCAAAGAUGCAUUUUCACACUUUUGAUAAACUACACUCCAAAUGUCCUAAAGAUAAGGUGAAUAACUUAACAAUGUUUCAUCAGGAGAUUUUAAAAUAGGGGCUUCUCCAGGACCAAUAUUCAAUGAAAGGGGAUGUGGCAAGAUUGGGCCUUUUGAGUGUCCCACAGGCAGGGGCGUACCUACCGGGGAGGUGUGGGGGGGUGGUAUACUUUGGGAAGUUGGUCGGUAAAUUUUACGGAUGGUCGGUAAAUGUUAUGGAUUGUCGGUAGAUGCGUAUCUCGACUUUAUAUAGUAUUGGUGUGUAU